AUGAACGUCAAGCCUCCAGAGUUUAAUAUUGGCGAUUCAUGGUCCCUAUACGAGGAACGGCUAAGGAGAUUCUUCGUGGCCUAUGGAGUCGAGGAGGAAGCGGACGAGCGCCGCUCGGCAUUUUUGCUCACAGCGGUGUCGAUGGAGGUUUACCAGACGAUUCGGAACCUGUUUUCCGGACAAGCCGGAAACAAAGCAGUUCGACGAACUUUGUUCGUUGAUGCGCCAACGAUUUACCCCAACGUUGGUGACUUUCCACGAGCGGACGAGAUUCAUCGAAGCGCGCCAAGGCGACGGCGAAACGUGGGUCUGAAACGUGGCCCAGUAUAUGAACGAGUGUGCGAGGAGGAUCCUGACUCAAAUUUGGAAGCCCUGGUUAAGGUGGCGAUGAAAAAGGAGUCAACUUUGCGCCAGCGGGAGUCCUUGGAGGUUAACAAGUUCCAAUCCGACCAAGGAAACAAGCUGAAGAAAUCGGCGAGCCCCAAUUUCCGUUGUUAUGCGUGCGGAAAGGGGAAACAUAAUUUCCGAAAGUGCCAGUACAAGUCCUAUGUGUGUAAGGUGUGCGACAAGAAGGGGCACCUAGCCAAAGUUUGCCCGAAUAGGAAAGAUGCAACGAAAGAGGACCGGAAACCGAAAGUUCACCAUUUGGCGCUGAACAAGUUGGAUGCGCCCCCUCCAAUGGUUAUUCCUGUCCGUGUGGGCGGACAUUUGGUCGAGUUCGAACUGGACACUGGGAAUCCGGUUAAUGCCAUCUCAAAUGCGCUGUACAGUCAAUAUUUCAAAUCAGUGCAUCUUGAGACUGGCGGAAAGGAGCAGUUCGUCUGUUACAACGGGUCCUGUUUCCAAGCAACAGGAAAAUUCGGGGUGGAGAUGAAAUUCGAAGGCCACAGGUCCAGGGAGGAAAUUUUCGUCUUCGAGGGUGACCGGCAACCACUGCUGGGGCGUCAGACGAUGCAGCGUUGGGGACUGAGGAUCAACUUUUGCCAUUUGACGGAGAGCAUGAAAGAGUUUAAAGCUCCGUUGAAUGUGCUGCUGACCAAGUACCAAGAAGUUUUCGAGGGUGAAUUAGGCUGUUAUCGAUACGGCAAAGUUCACCUACCAUUGAAGGAUGAAGCUGUCCCCAAGUUUUUCAAGCCGCGCAGGGUACCGUUGGCUUUCAAGGAGAAGGUCGAAGACGAACUGGAUCGAUUGGAGAACAUCGGCAUUAUCUCCAAGGUGCCAUCAACCGAAGCGGAAUGGGGCACCCCCCUCGUCCCAGUUUUGAAGAAGGAUUCAUCAAUACGUUUGUGUGCAGAUUAUCGGCUGACCGUUAACCCGUGGUUGAAGGACGACCACCACCCUUUCCCGAUAAUUGACGACAUUUUCGCAGCGCUACAAGGUGGUAAGCAUUUUUCCAAGCUGGACCUGAAGAAUGCCUUCAACCAACUGGAAGUGGAUGAAGAAGCAAGGCAUCUGUUGGCGUGGAGUACUCACCGUGGUGUGUACUACGUGAAUCGAUUGCCGUUUGGGACCAAAACGGCGUGUGCAGUGUUUCAAGCUACCCUAGAACGAGUCCUGCAAGGUUGUCGAGGAACGAUAAUGUACCUGGAUGACGUGCUGGUAACUGGACGAACAGUGAAAGAAAAUUUAGAGAACCUGGAACAAGUGCUUAGUAAGUUGAAAGAAACAGGUUUUGUGCUUAAUAAGACCAAGUGCGAGUUUUUCAAAAGUGGUGUGAGUUAUCUUGGACAUUACAUCGACAGUGAUGGUCUACAUAAAGAUCCUGAAAAAGUGAAAUCAAUAAUCCAGUUGGGAGUUCCAAAAGACGUCAAGGAGGUUCGUGCCUUUGUGGGACUGGUCAACUAUUAUGCCAAGUUUUGUCCCAGUUUGGCACAACAUCUGAAGCCUUUGUACCGGUUGCUGCAAGAAGAGGUGAAGUUCCGUUGGUCCAAGGAGUGCCAGGAGGCGUUCAAAGCGGCGAAGCAGCUUUUGGCGGAUGACACGAUCCUGGCCCAUUAUAACCGUAAUCUGCCGAUUAAACUCUACAGUGAUGCGUCGAAGGAAGGCAUUGGAGCAGUGAUCGUACACGUCUUCCCAGACAGCAAGGAGCGACCAGUUUCUUUUGCUUCCCGAGUUUUUAAGAAGCACGAGUCCAACUAUUCGGUCAUCGAUCGGGAGGCGCUGGCGAUCUACUACGGUGUCCAGAGAUUCAGCAGCUAUCUCUCUGGGCGUCGUUUCAUUCUGAUGACAGAUCACAAACCACUGACCGGUCUGUUUUCGGAAAAAGGCAUACCGGAAACCGCAGCAGGGCGUUUGCAGAGAUGGGCAGUCUAUCUGUCCAACUUCGAUUUCGAGAUCCAACACAUCAAAGGUGACCGAGACGAGAAGGCAGACGAGGAAGAAGCCAUCAGUUUUCUCAACUUCAUCGAAGUCGAAACCCGCUCAUUGGUGGAGCAGAAGCAGAUCAUAAUCGAAAGCCGGAGGGACAAGGUCAUUAGUCGAGUCGUGGAGUAUCUAAAAUCGGGCUGGCCUCAAAACCUUGAGGACGGCGAAAUCAAGAAGCUGUUCCAACGACGAGACGAACUAAGCGUGGAGGAAGGCGUCCUUCUCUGGGGUUUCCGCAUCGUCAUCCCGGCAAAGCUUCGGAAACCGUUGCUGUGUGAACUCCAUGUCGUACACAUAGGGAUCGUCAAGAUGAAGUCCCUAGCACGGUCAUAUUUCUGGUGGCCAUCAUUAGACAAGGAAAUCGAAGACUUCGGGAAGAAAUGCGAAUUUUGUCUCCAAUUGCGGCCGGAGAGGAGUGAUCCAAUUUCACCGUGGCGGUUGACAUCUGCCCCUGGUGAUCGAGUUCAUGUCGAUCACUUUUCGUUCCAAGGCGCCGAUUUUCUAGUCCUGGUGGAUAGCUACAGCAAGUGGUUGGAAGUUUACCCCGUUCGAACGUUAACUUCCAAGCAGACAUCGGAAAAGUUGGCCGAAUAUAUUUCCCGAUUCGGUCUAAUCAGCACUUUGGUGUCGGAUAACGGCACUGCCUUUACAUCGGAAGAAUUCCAGGCAUUCUGUUCUUCCCGUGGCAUCAAGCACCUGACGACAGCACCGUAUAGCCCGUGUUCGAAUGGAGCAGCCGAGAACGCGGUCAAGACGGUCAAGGCGGCACUGAAGAAGCUGGCGAGUGACCCCUCGUUUGCAAAGAGGCCGAUAAGUGUCCAACUACAUUUAUUCCUGGAGAUGUACCGAGCCACAACACACACGUCGACUGGGGAAAGUCCUUUCAAGCGAAUGUUUGGAAGGGAAAUGCGCAUCAGAUUCGACAACUUGAAGUCCAGGUCUACAAUCCGGCAGAAAGAAACUGUCGAAUACCAAAACCGAACCAAGAAGGAUGUCAGCUUCAACAUCAACGAAACGGUCUACGUCCGGGACUACCGCCAACCCAACAAGAAGUCCUGGGUUCGUGGUCGCAUCGUGGCUAGGCUAGGCUCUGUGCUCUACGAAUGCCACACUCAAGAGAUGGGAACUAUCAAACGUCGCAGCCACCAGAUAAUGAAGUACCCCUACGACGAUUUUGAUGGUAACGAAGCUGACGGUGCCACCCCUGGUCCUGAGCCGAUUGAUGACUCAAUCUACGAAGAUCCAAUGGAGAGCCUACCGGAAGAAGAACCAUCAUCUGAAGCCUUUCCGGUUCCGUCAAGCGUUGGUCGUCAUCAACCGGAUGGUACCUAUGUUACGAGAUACAAUCGAGUGGUGAAGCCGCCUCGGAACUAG